GUAUCGCAUCAUUUCCAUUGCUACUACACAUAAACGCGAGUUCGGAGGCUAAACAGAAAUCAUGAGUUUAGUGCGGUACUAUCACUAUCUGAACACUGAGUUGUCUGACCCAAGGACACGCGAUUGGGUAUUAGUAAGUUCUCCUGUACCUGUAGUUCUCUUAACGUUCGCGUACUUGUACUUCGUGUUAAAAUGUGGGCCGCGGUACAUGAAGAACCGACCAGCGUACAAACUCUUCACGUUCAUCAGGAUAUUCAAUAUCUUUCAAAUCAUAGCGAACGCCUGCUUGAUGUACAGUUUGAUCGACGUAGGAUUGCACGAGGAUAAUUUCGUGACCUGUUCAUCGCAUUACCUGCACACCCCUGAAGGAUACAAGUUGUGUCACAUAGGAUGGUACACGUUGAUCGUGAAACUGAGCGAUUAUAUCGAGACGCCUGUGUUCGUGCUGAGGCAGAAGCAACGACAAAUAUCGUUUCUACAUUUGUAUCAUCACGUCACUACGAUGAUACUGUCUUGGAUAUACGUGAAAUAUUUCCCGAAUGAGACGACGAUAACUCCGUUGCUUUUGAACUGUUCUGUGCAUGUGAUAAUGUACACUUAUUACCUUCUCACGUCCUACGGUCCAUCGAUGCAAAAAAGGUUGAAGAUGAUUAAACCGAUGAUCACUACCAUACAACUGGUGCAGUUCGUGAUUAUAAUAUUUCUCUCGCUGCGAGUAAUUUUCGUACCAAAAUGUACCGGAGCAAAAGUCUAUGCCAGCAUACUUCUGAUCGACGUAAUCGUGAAUUUCGUUCUGUUCUCGAAUUUCUUUAAGCAAAACUAUUUGAAGAAUAAUAAGCUCGAAUGAUACGUGAAACUGGA